AUGUCCUGGACUUCGAAUCCGAGUUCUGCGUGUUCGAGGAGAAAGCGGUCCGUGAAUGGCCUGCCCCUCGUCGUCCUGCAGGUUAUCUACCACCACAUGCUUCUGGCGGAGCUGCCGUUCCGCAUGGAGUUCGUUCUGGUGGAGCGCGGGAUGCGGAAGGUGACGCUGAUCGCGACCCCCAUGAUGAUAUUUCUUCUCCUGCUGAGGCCGCUGUCUCUGACCUGGCCGAGGCAUCUGAUGAAGCUGGUCUGCGUGAGCAAGCUCGCGCUGGUGCGGCCGCUGCUGCUUCUGGCGUUCAUAUUCUUCCUCCUGGUGCUAUCAGUCCACACGGUGAUGGAGAUGCUCAGCGCUGUUUCUAGCUGCGGCCCUCUGCCUCUGCAUAGUGAUGGUUCUUACUCUGGCGCCCCUGGCGCUACCUCGGCGUUCUCCGCCGAAUGUGACGACUCCGAGCUGAACGAAGAUUUUGCCGAAGCCGUUCUGCGUGAGCAUGUUUGUGCUGAGGCUGUCGAUUUCCACUGCUUGAAGGUCUUGGAGGUGGGUCCGAGGAUAGCGACUCGUCCUGCAUGCCGUUUCUUUCCUCGAUGUGCUCGCGGUGACGAGUGCACGUACUCACAUCUUUCGGAGGUGUCUGAUCAUGCGACUGCUGAUGAACAUGCCCGCCUGUCCAAUCAUUUCCACAGCUAUGCAGAUACCCCGUCAUUGUCGGCGACGCUGUGGCACGCCCGUGCUGCUGGUCACAGCGUGCCUGAGGUUUACGCGAUGGUAGAUGGAGAAUCCUGGGGGCAGGCAGUCAUUGAUGAUACUAUGCAUGAAGGGCUUCCUCAGGACGAGCCCGUCCAAUCGCACGCACUGCCCGCUGGACCUCAACAUGAUGAGCCGCAGUGUGGCGAGCGGCCCCUUGCUGAUGUGAUGGUGGAUAACCACUCGGAAUUUGACGAUCUUCUGCGUGAGGAGUUCUUCCAUAAUGAGCCCAUACACUGGCAUGCACCGCUCGCCAACCCACAGCAUGAUGAAGCACAAUUCUGCUGGCGUGAUGGUCCCCGUGGCCUGGGCCAAGACCGUGCUGAGCUACAUGCAGAACCUGGUAAAUAUGACUGGGCUGUUCCUGGUACGCCCUUCCUGCGUCGCGCUGAGCUGCUUCACCUUCGCUGCUGCAGCACGGCUCUCGCUGAUCUGGCAGACGAGCUAGCACGCCAAGUUGCCGAACAUCAUCGGUCGGCGCGGACUUCAUCUUCGACUGGGCUCUGUACUACGUUUUCUUUGUCCACGCGUGCCUCGGGAACGUCCCAGGUAUGCUGCGAUAUUGGUGGGGCUUCGCCCUCGCUUUCUGCUCUCUCCGAGGGCGGCGGAUUUCGUUAG